GUCUUCUUCUCCAUUCCACAAAAGAAUGGCGAAUCUUUCUCUUUCAUUCUCCUUCAUUCUUCUCCUCGCCGCUCUCCCAUGGACUCGAACCCUCCACGCAAAGAAAACCAACGUCCAAUUCUACUUCCACGACACCGUCACCGGGAAAACCCCCUCCGCCAUUAAGGUGGCGGAGGCCCCAACCUCCGCCAAAUCACCGACACUCUUCGGCGUCGUGUUCAUUAUCGACGACCCAUUAACGGAAAAGCCGGACCCGAAAUCGAAGGAGGUGGGCAGGGCACAGGGGCUGUAUGCGUCGGCCGCGCAGCAGGAGGUGGGUUUGCUCAUGACACUAACCUAUCAAUUCACCGCCGGCGAGUUCAACGGCAGCUCCAUUGUUAUUGUGGGGAAGAAUUCGGUGUUCCAUAAAGUCCGUGAGCUGCCGGUGGUCGGAGGGACAGGGGCUUUCCGGUUCGCUCGUGGGUAUGCUCUGGCGAGGACUUAUUGGUUUAACGCCGCCGGAGAUGCGAUUGUGGGUUAUAAUGUGACGGUUUUACACUAAGAAAAGCCACCGGACGGCGGCGGUUGUUGGUGAAUGAUUCUAUGUUGUUGUCUUAUUUUAUGCAUGUUCCGUUCAAAUAUAAAGAACACGACAAGCUUUUGUCGUACGAUGUUUCGCUAAAA